CGCUGUUAGGGGCCAGCCAUCGCUCAUACGUGUCUUGUAGGUUUUGAAGGGUGACUUAACAUUUUCAAAAUGAGAUUCCAUACAUGUGCAGACGGGUGGGCAGCAGGAGAACCCAGUCAGUGCCUCGUGCCUUCGUCAAGUGUUAGGUGGCUAGCCAAAGCCUAGAGCUUCUGCCAUGAAGUGUUAGGUGGCCGCAUGCUCGGCAGGUUCUCAGACAUUGUCCGUGGACCACCCGCGUCACUGGGGAGCUGGGCCAACGGACACCUGCGGAGUCAGAGCUCCCGUUGGCGGGCCCUGGCGGUCUCAGCGGCAAAAGCUCCUCCCGUGCCACCCCACAAGUUUUGAAUCGAGGCAGAGGACGUUGAAACUGCAAGAGGUUUUGUGCUUUUGUGCUUUUUCUUCCCUUUGACGGUUCGAAGGAACUGUCAGCAGGUGUCUGUGGUCUCCACAGGGACGCUCGCAACCACUCUUUUGUAACGUCUGCUGGUGUUGCAGGUUUUGUGUUAACAGGUCUCUGAGCAUUCUUGGAUGCCUGACCUUGAGGAAAAUACAUGUAUAUUUUUGUUCCAUAAAAAGAACUUUAGGAACUAUAGUUAUUUCAUUGCCUUAAUUUUAAGAAGAAAGUACACAAAAAGAGCAGACUUGUUUUAGUAAGAAAUCCAGUCUUGCUGCUUCCAAGUUGGUGAGGCUGUGAUGCGGUGAACCUGGUGCCCUGUUGAUGGUGUGUCCUGUGGGUCUGUGCCACGAGAGGUUUGCGCGUGUGGUCUGACUGAGUGUGUUUCUGCCCAGCCUCGCAGCUCUGCUCUGAACAGCUUGUUGAGCAAUAACCACUUUAAAGGAUGGAAAUGACUGCUUCCUGCCGACUGUUAUACAUAAAAGCAUUAGGGGCAGUAAUGAUGCCAGGGUGGGUGUUUCCUCACUUCACAGGAGCCAUGUAAACUUAAUUUAAGAGGUAAACGCAUCCUCUAGUUUGCUUUUCUAAUCAGGAGUUUUGUACUGUUGCCACGCUCCCCUUGGAUUAUGGGAAUGAAAGCUAGUGUGUAAACUGUAAGCAUAUGGAACUGCCUGCUGCCACGCGGCACUGCUGGGAGGGCGGGUAUCCUGCUGUGUCCUUGGCGCUCACGUGCUCAGCUGGCAUGGAGCAUGGGGUUGCUGCCUGAUGGCAGAGUGUGCUCCUUCAUACGUGACGCUGUGCAUGUGUGUGUAACUGCCCCUGACAGCUCCAGCUGCCAGAACUGGAGUGUGUGAGCUAGCCCCAACCUGCACGUGUGACGCCAGACAUGCGCGGGUGCAAAGCCUGGAACCCUAACUUUGAGGAACAUUUCUUUUAAUUUGAUUACCAUUGGGUAACAACUGAGGUAGAGCAAAAACGUCUUAAAAGACAGCUAGGAAACAACUAGUAUCAUGUCAUGAAAUACACGUAUUUUAAAAACACUUUGAACACUGAGGUUUCUUCUCUUUCCUGUAAAGAACUUGAAGUCAUGAGCACCAGGAAUCACUUUGAUUGGCACUGUCUCGCUGUCUGUGUCCCAGCUCCCGCGGGUAGUGUGAGCCUUGUGUGUCUGUGUGAUAAGUGCAACCCCUUUGCCUGCCCUGAAACUGGGCAGGUCCGCUGGCCAUGGCAACCGUAACCAGGUUACUGAGGACACAAACGAGUAGGAAAGAAAUGCCUUGGUACAUGGAAAGGCAUCUGUAUUUAACAACUUUUAUCUAGAUGGAAAUGUAUUUACUAAAUUUGCCCAGAUGCUAUUAUAAUAUUGCAGUUUCAUUAGACUGCUUUUAAUUAACUGCUUUUAAUUAAAACAAGAUUUACUUCAGAUUGGACCAAACAAUACUUAAGAUAUCACCAGAAUGUUGAUUAGUGGCAAACUGGAAAACAAUGCCACCACCAUUUUCAGGUCACAAUUUGUGAGAUGAGUGACUCAGACGAUGACGACGUCCCCCAGCUUUCUUCCCACACCGUAGCAGCUCUCCAGGAAUUUUAUGCCGAGCAGAAGCAACACCCUGACCCAAGUGGGGAUGACAAAUACAUCAUUGGAGUAAUAGAAGAGAACUGGCAAUUGAGCCAGUUUUGGUACAGCCAGGAGACAGCUCUGCGACUUGCCAAGGAAGCUAUUGCGGCUGCUGGGGAAGGUGGCAGGGUGGCGUGCGUGAGCACCCCCAGCGUUUACCAGAAGCUGAGGGAGCUGCGCAGCGAGCUCGUUUCCGUCUGCUUGUUUGAGUUUGACCGGAGAUUCGCCGUGUAUGGGGAGGACUUCAUCUUCUACGAUUACAGCCGCCCCCUGGACUUACCUGGGGACGUCGCUGCGCACAGCUUUGACGUCGUGAUAGCAGAUCCCCCCUACCUCUCUGCGGACUGUCUCAAGAAAACGGCCGAGACCAUCCGGUACCUGACUCGGGGCAAGAUUCUGCUGUGCACAGGUGCUGUCAUGGAGGAGGAGGCAGCCAGGCUCCUGGGAGUGACGCCCUGCAGCUUCCUCCCGACACACCGCCGGGUGCUGGCCAAUGAGUUCCGCUGUUAUGCGAACUAUGACUCUGGGCUGGGUCAUGAUGUCUGAGUGUCGGAAAGGAUGCCGCGUCAUAGCGCCGAGACCUCCGCGCACAGCAGCUCACAAGGUGAGGGCAGGGGCCUCCCCGGGCUUCCCCGACCGCCUCAGACCUCAGGCUUUGUUCAGCUUGAAUCUGUCGGAUGUAGUUGGAAGAAAUCUCAGACCCAUCAGGCUGCUGUCCUCACUUAGCGUUGGUGACAGAAGUGUGGACAGCUUGGUGGCUCGGCCAGCACCUGGAUUGGAGAGACCUCGGCCUCUGCCUUGGGCCUUCUGUCCCCAGUGGACUCCUUCUGGCUGCCCGCCACCCUCCCGGAGGACCCAGCACCCCUCGGGGACACACGACUCGCCUGGGGCACUGGUGUCCCAGAGCCUGGGGGACUUUUCCUUGAAGGUAGGACAAAGAUGUAGCCAGGUGGCCUCCACUCUCACCUCAGUCACAGCAAAGGCUCUGACUCACCUGAAAACAUGUAACCACCUUAUGCAAACCCAACGCCAAAGCAGAAGGACGUGGGGCGUAUGCUGGACCCCAGUACUGUUCGAAACAUCCCCCCUCCACCUCAGCAACCCAGGGACCUGCUUCUGGUACCCGCAUGUGGGUGGAUGGCGGGGCCCAGACUGCGUUUCCAUUUACAGAAGAGCAUUGUCAGGCGGAGGACAGGUCAGUGGGCGGCAGAGGCUGGGACAGGCUGGGGGGACUUGGUGGUGCUGGGACCGCUGGGACUCUCGGUGCAGUGGUGACACAAGUCUACGCGUGACAGCCCUGCACACUCGUGUGCGUGGACAGCUGGUGGACUGUGUGCAGCCUUGGACGGUGCCCGCGCCCAUCUGUUGUGACGUGGUAGUUAUGUGAGGUGGCACUGCUGGGGGAGACGGGGUGAAGGAUAAACAGACCUCUGGUAUUUUUGCAGUUUUCUGUGACAUGAGGUUGAAAAUCAGAGACUGGGGGAUUGUUUUCACCGCAGCAAAACCCAGCAUAUCCCAAGGCGCGUGUGCUGGGCCUGUAUGCGGCCUAUGUGGGGCUAGUCCUGUUCUCUCUCAGACCUCGGUUGUCAUGCUGUGGGAUAGUGUCAAGUAUAAGUGCUCUUUAAAAAUAAUCCCUAGCAUAUCAUUUCCUUAUGAAGCAGUUUCUAAAAUUUGCCUAACGCAGUAACACAUUUUCCUAACAAAUCGUGUAGAAAUGUAACUUAGGAAUUGUGGGCGAGCAGUAGCCUAGGAAUAAGAGAUUUUAGUCGUUCUGUAGACCUAGCAUUUAGAUGAGGAGAGAAACCUUAUUUCUCAGGGGGUGGGAGAGGAAGGGCAAAGCCUGACACAUAAAACUGAAAUUACAUUUUGUUUAAUAAGCAGUCAAUAUGUGUUUCACUGCUUUGGACACUCUUCCGUGACUCUGGUUCCAAGCUGCCCAUAUCUGUCUCCACUCUGCUCUGUGCCCAGCAGCCUCCGGCAGUGAGGACAGGCUGGGGGGACUUGGUCCUGGUCACUCCCUGCCUGUCUCGCCCACGGCAGACACAGUGCACAGGGCCACCAGCUUGGGGACCGAGGAGGCUGGGCCAUGCCCUCACGUGGGGCUGCCUGCGUGCCAAAGUUCUCUGCAGGUGACCUUGUCGCACCCCUCACACAGGACCAUAAAACCCAAGGUAUUGUUGUGUGACAGACACCUUUGUAAGCAUAGACCAGGUGUGUGUGUGUGAGCACGCACGCAGAGGGCCGUAACUGCAGUUUGGCCAGCAACUCCAAGGUUUCUGGGAAGUGACACUCAGCUGUGUGCCGGGGCGUUGGACAAGAGCAAACGAAAUGCCUGGUGACUCCUGAGCCCCGUUUCGGAUGGCCCCGUCCUGGCUCCACCGCAUCCUCCUCAGUCAGAGCAGGGACCAGUUUCUGAAACCGACCCCUUUCCCUUUGCUGUGAUAGAAGAGAUGCAAUGCAACCAGAAGUGUGGGCCACUUCUCCCGAACGUGGAAUGGCUGGCAUGUGCCAAUGUCUUUGGACGACUACUCCCAAAUGAUUCUGGUUUUCCAAAACAAGCAUACAAUAAAAAUACUGUCGGUUUGUUGGAAAAAGUUCUGCAAUAACCACAGUCCCAGCAUUCCGAGGGUUGCCAUGAAACCCUCAAGACAGAAUUACUUGAAGGAACAGGCCCCAUGGCCCUUUGUGAGAAGGAAGAAGGUACAAAUUUAAAUAGUGAGCUGCUACUCUGCAAAGCCUGGAAACAGCGCCUGCCUGCCUGCAUCAGUGACAUGAGCCUGGUAAUGUGUGUGUGAACUUUGGCUGGUGUGAUUUCUCUGGCUGUAAAUUUCCCUAUUAGUCUGAUAGAACACAACCCCUCCAUCUCAAAACCAACCUCUAAUUUUAACGAGAACAAAAUUCUGUCCAAUAAACUCAUUAUUCAUUGACACAUUCAUUAUCUCCCCUUACUGGGUCACUGCCCUCUGCGUUCAGCAUAUUGCAUCCAGUCGCUGCUGCUUAGGGACUUCAUUUUAAAUUUACCUUUUACAGCAAGAAAUGCAGGCACUUGGAAGUGACAAACUGCGGGAGCAAUAAACAGACCAUGGAGGAUGAACAGCUUGCUAUUUAUUGUCACCGUAGCUCAUGGAUCACUGGGACAGUGCUGGAGCUGUGCCAGGUGCUUGUGGGUGUGUGGGCGUCACGGUGCCAGAGGAGCAGCAAUCUAUGCGCCGGGGGCAGCACAGCCAGCUGACAGCCAUUGCAGGUCCCAUUUCCAGCCGAAUGCGACGUGUGGUCAGAGCUGGCUGAGGGCAAGUGCUCAACAGAAGUGAUUAAGUGGGUGAGGGCGCCAUUCAGAGAAAAAACACAAAUAGUGGUACGUCUUAAGAGUUCAGGCCGGUUUCUUCCAUUGGGAAUGUGCUACCUUUUAAACAAACUAAGUUUAAACUAAUAAUACAUUUAAUAAAAGCGACAUUUUUCUCCAUGCAAA